UCCGCGCUGGGCUGCGGGGCUGGCGGGCGGACCGGGCCGGGCCGGAGAAGUUUUCGCUGCGGUUGCUGAGCGAGGGUGCGGGCCCCCGCAGGCGGUGCACGCCCGCUGCCAUGGCUUUCCGUAGGAGGACGAAAAGUUACCCGCUCUUCAGCCAGGAGUUCAUCAUCCACAACCAUGCAGACAUCGUCUUCUGCUUGGUGCUCUGCGUCCUCAUCGGGCUUAUGUUCGAGGUCACAGCCAAGACUGCCUUCCUAUUUAUUUUACCUCAGUAUAACAUUAGUGUGCCUACAGAAGAUAGCGAGACAGUGCACUACCACUGUGGCCCGAAGGACCUGGUCACCAUCUUUUUCUACAUCCUCAUUACCAUCAUCCUGCAUGCUGUGGUUCAGGAGUACAUCCUAGACAAAAUCAGCAAACGCCUUCAUCUCUCCAAGGUCAAACACAGCAAGUUCAACGAAUCUGGACAGUUGCUGGUCUUUCAUCUCAGUUCAGUGGCUUGGUGCUUCUACGUGAUAGUAACGGAAGGAUAUUUAACAAACCCAAGAAGCCUCUGGGAAGAUUACCCGCAUGUGUACCUCUCCUUCCAGGUGAAGUUUUUCUACGUGGGCCAGCUGGCGUACUGGUUGCACUCGCUACCUGAACUCUACUUCCAGAAGGUACGGAAGGAAGAAAUCCCCCGCCAGCUGCAGUACAUCUGUCUGUACCUCCUUCACAUCGCUGGGGCGUACCUCUUAAACCUGAGCCGCCUGGGGCUGGUCUUGCUUCUGCUGCAGUACUCCACUGAGGCCCUCUUUCACAUGGCCCGGCUCUUCCACUUUGCAGACGACAAUAACGAGAGGCUGUUUAACGCCUGGGCUGCUGUGUUCGGGGUCACACGUCUCUUCAUCCUCACCCUCGCUGUGUUGACCAUUGGCUUUGGAUUGGCUCGGGUGGAAAACCAGGUGUUUGACCCUGAGAAAGGGAACUUUAACACCUUGCCUUGCAGGCUCGGCAUGCUGCUGGUGGUGUGUGUCGCCCAGGCCUGGCUCAUGUGGCGUUUCAUCCACUCCCAGCUGCGGCACUGGCGCGAGUAUUGGAAGGAACAGAGUGUCAAGCGCAGAGUCUCUGCUGUCCCCAGGCUUCCAACCAGGCUCCUCAAGAGAGAACCUGGUUACCACGAAAAUGGAGUGGUGAAGGCAGAGAAUGGGACCUCCUCACGGACUAAGAAACUCAAGUCUCCCUAACUCCAUUGUGCUGAGAACAGGGAUCCUCUGGGUGAGGGCCCGGCCGAGACGACAAGCACUGGCCCUAGCUCAGUCUCUCCGCCCUCCUGCCCGUGCUCCAUCUCCACCAGCAGAAGCCUUGGCAUCAAAGAGGGAGUUCCUCUCUACCUUCUAGUCUUUCUCUUCUUUCAUGAACCAUUCUCAAUAAAGCCAAAAAUCUUCCACUCUUGCUCCUUUGAGCCACCUCAUGGCCUCACCUCUGUCCUAUCUUGGGUUUUCUCAGAGGCCUGUAUUCUCCUAGUCAUCUCCCUGCUUCUCUCUCUCUCUCUCUCUCUCUCUCUCUCUCUCUCUCUCUCUCUCUCUCCUCUCUCCUCUCUCCUCUCUCUCUCCUCUCUCUCUCCCCUCUCCUCCCCUCUCCUUCUCCCCUCUCCCCUCUCCCCUCUCCCCUCUCCUUCUCCCCUCUCCUUCUCCCCUCUCCCCUCUCCCCCUCCCCUCUUCUCCUUCCCCUCUCUCUCUUCCUUUGUAGCUGCUGCUUCUCCUUUCUUCCUGACUUUAAUGUGCAAUUUCUCUGACUUGUACAAUGGGAGGGAACUACGGUGGCAGUCCUGCCCUUGGGUCCCAGGACUUGCCAAUCUGGAAGCCUCUCGCCGAGGAGCUUCCCCUAGAGCUGGUGGCGGAUCCUCGGUGGCCCUCGUGGACGGACAGCAGGAGGAAAAGCCAUCCCUCUCGGAUUACAAUAUUCUUGGUGCUGAUUGACAGUCAAGAUGUAGGAUUCUGGUUCUACGCAUUCAACCCCGAAGCUUUUCGCUCUGGGGACACAGUGACUUAAUCGAGAAAGAUAGUGUUAAUUAACUUUUGAGUCCCAGGACUCCAAAGAGCUUCCAGUAUGGCGUUUGAAUUGGAAACCAGCCUGCCUUCGCUCUAUGAGGGGACAUGCUCAGGAGGGUGUGGCUCCCCACUUGUCCACAAGAGCAAAGCACGAACCGUUGCCUCUUCAGGAAGAGUCGAUCUGGACCGUUCUCCAGCGGUGCCAGCUGCUGUUCUUUUAUUACCCAUCCAUCCACCAGCAUCCGAAACCAAACCAAAUGGCAGUGACAGACCUGCCCAAGACAUGCUGUUCCCAAGCCCGGAGACGGCCUGCCCCAGCCGGGGUCAGGCUUGCAACCUCAACCUCGUCUCUGCAGAAACACGAAGCCCAAGGACUCCUUCGAUGUGUGGUUCCCUGGCGUCCCAGGGAGGGCCACCUGGCCACCCUCCCUCUGGCCUCACCUGAGAGUUCUUUAAAGUUCUUAAUGUCAUUUGUUGAGCACACCUAGAGCCUAACACCAGGAUGCCGCCUCAGGGUCACUCUUCCGGUUGCGGGAGGCAAUGCAGCCAUGUCCACAGGAGCCUGUGACCCCCUUCCCUUCGGUGUUCAUUCCUCUUUCCUCUACCUGAUGGCGGGGUCACCUGGUCCUUAUGGUACCUUGUGAGGACUUCCAGAACCGAUAUAGGCUUUAAAGGGUCCCCAAACUCCGUGCUGCAGUAUAGGGGCACAGUCCCUGGUGACACAGGAGGAUUAAUGUUACCUGAUAUACUGGCCUUCCUUUGACACCAUACGAGACCAAGACCGGAGCUUGAGUGUUUACCCAUAAACAGGGAGACGGGCCUUCAUCAAGGCAGCCUCGCCUCUCCAGCCUCUCACAGUUAUGUAAAAUCAGACUUACCUGUAAUUGAGGAAACGUGGCAUUUUUUUUCCUUUGUGUCCAGGUUGAGCAUACAGAAUAGAAAUGAGAUCCCCUUGGCUUCUUUAGUGUGAGCUUAGGAAGCAAGACAGAAUUUCAAAAGUAUAUUUCUCUGUUCUCUCCCUCCCUCUUCCUUCCUGGCCCUUCUCUGGGCCUCCCCACAGAGCUGAUCUGGCCCACCAUCCCGGUAUGGAUGUUAAUUGUCUUUAUGCUCUGAGAUGCCACCUGGAGCUGUGUGGAAGUCCAGCCAGUGGCUCCCAAGCUCACCUCACACCCGUCUAGGCGUCCUUCCUCCUGGACCAUCCCCAAGCUAAGGGUCCGCCUCCCCAAACCACUGGCAUCUCUUGCCAGCUCACUGCAGGGGCUUUGCCUCUAGGCUGAGUUAUUCCUACUCUGUCAGCAAAUGCUUGUGACAAGCAUGAGGCAUGUGAAGGUCUUAGAGGAGCAGAGGGACAAAGACCAGCCAUCUAGGAUGCAGUGCUAUUCUUUCCCGGUACACUGAGAUGCCUGAAAUAAUGGGAAUACAUCCCUUGGGUGUCUUGCAAGUAUCCUUUGUUGCUUGUUUGUUGGAUAUAUUACCAGGAAUCCAAGUGUUAGGAUUGAUCUAGGCUCUUCUACAACGUAAGGUCAGUAGUAGGAGUUUGGAGUGUUCAUCUCCAGAGAAGCCUGAGACCAAGGGCAAUGGCUCUCCAGCCUUGACUUCUGGGGUAUUCAAAGGCUUGGGAGAGCUUUGGGGUGCUUUCUCAUCCACCCAGCCUCUCUCUGGUGUCGAUGUUACAGGAAAGCCAGGACUUUGUGAUGUUGGCACAAACCUUGUUGCCAGAACUCCAGCCACUAAGUUCCACACCAUCCUAUGAGCAGGCUGGCUAGCUUGUGAUCUGGGUGCCCUCGCCCCGUUGUUUGUUUUUAUGCAGCCUCUCCUGUCCCCAAAGUACCACACCCUUAGUGAAGGACCUGCCAUACUCCGCCAAGUUUAAGAUGUUCGGCACCAUCUAUCUACCAGGACCAGAAGACGCUAUUCACUACCUCAGCCUCCACGGCCUGUCUCUCAACAUCCCUGGCAUGGCAGCUGGGGCCAGUGGCAGGAGUGGUGGACGGAGAACUCCCAGUUGCUAGUUGCCCUCCCCAGAAGUGUGGUGAUGGGACAGUCAUUUCCACAAGCUACCCAUGCUUGGGUGUGUACACUCUGAAUUAGCUCCGUGCGUUCCUCCCACGUUCAGAGGUGGUCCUGGGGGAAAGAGAAGCAGACAGAAGCCAGGAAGGGAGGCUUUCUGCCUUUCUAGUCAGUCCCAGCCCUGUGUGCCUAAAUAUUUUCCAACAGCAUCAUAUGCCAUGUCCUAAGGGUGAACGUAAGUCCCUUAAAUUAAGAUGACUGUGCCCUGGCUGUUCACACUGUGUUGUCAUGGGGUGCCUGGGACUAUAAGAGCCCCUGAAAGUGAAGACCUGUUUAGUAUUUUUUUAUCCCUCUAGCAUUUUUUUUUUCUGAUUUUCUUUUUAAGUAGGAGCAGAAAGAGUGCAUUUUCCAAAAAGUCUAAGAAGCUCAUUCCACGGCAUCCUUAAAGAAGCUUGCUGACUCCUUGCAGCUAGGGAAGGCCUUUAUUUGCAUUUGUCUUUAGUGGCUUUCAGCCUUCCCAGUUGAGCUUGCUGAAGUCUGGAGCGGGAGGAGGUAGGGUCUGGGCUUAGCUACCUUUCUCUGCUUGAGGGCCUCUGCAUCUCCUGGAGACCAAUCUUCAUUCUUGCUCUCCGGCCUCUGUUCUUCCCUGGUGUGGAAUGGACUGAAAGCCUGCAGGUCAGAACAGAGGGCUGGCCCUCCGCCUCCCUCGGCCUCCUGAGCUUACGGCUCCCUUCCUCAGAACAGGAUUUUAGGGAGAAUAUCAAGGUCACACUUGAAAACAUCUGUAGAACCCUCCUCCAGCCCGUGCUUAGCAUUAGGAGGAUGCUGGUACCAACCUCUUGCCCUUUACCCGGCUUUUAAUGCAAGUGCUAGCUAGCUCCAUUACAUCUGCUUUCAAAGCUCCUCGGUCACGGAGCAGCCUCUGUGACCGUUCUUGCCCUCAGCGGGUCCCUGUUCUUUUGUGUAAAAAGUGCCUUAUAUCGCCUUGUGGCCUUCACUGGUACUGUAUGGCCAGGCCCCCACUGCCAGGGCUCUAGGGCUGACUGGCGUACACAGCCAAUGACACCAUACCUCAGCACAGCUCCAGGGGAGAGGGACAUGGGUUGACAGUUUUGUCUCAUUUGUUCUGACCCUCUUCUCCCUCACACAUAGCGUAAGACCUUGCGUGUUCUCUGGUUUAUUCUAGCUCCCCUUGUGUGGACCUUUGGGCUGUGAAAGCUUGUGAGGUGGCCCGGCUGCAGGCACCCAUGCCUCCUGUCUAAUAAGGGAAGCUUGGGGGUUGGGGGAGGAAGAUCGCCUCUGCGUACCUCUGUCCCUGUGUGGUGAGCCCUGCUCUUCCGGUCUCCUCAUUCCCUCCCCAGACUAGAAACAGCACCCUCUUCCCGUUUGUUUUACCCCCAUAUAACCCAAAGUUGGUGUGAGGAAUGUGUUUACUUGCGCUCGCUGGCUCCAAGUCUUAUCUCAUUGGUGACCUGUUUGGCAGUGCCUAUGGCCCGGGAGCUGCAGAGCUCCUGGAUUCCUGUCAGGGUUAUCUUGUGUUCGUUCCUCAGUACCGCACCCACCCCUCCCUCCCUGACCCUCGCCUGCCUGCCUGCCUGCCUGCCUGUUCCCGCUAUUCCGGGUUGUGCAAUAACCCUCCCCUUACUGCAUCCUGCAAUAUGGGGGAGGGGGGAGAGAACCCACGGGAGGGGUCGUCAUCAUCCCUUACAGAAGUGUCAGUCCCUUCCUGUUGCUGUCAUCCUCACAGUCCUGGGUAGGUUUCUGUGGCAAUCAUAUAGAAUGUGUUGUGUUGUCUUAGAAAUCUUUACGUCAUUUAAAAAAAAAUAAAAUAAAAUAAUGUGUCAAAGAGAAAAGGAAAAAAAAACAUCCUCAGGCUGGAACAUUGUCAGUGCCUGGGAAUAAGAUCCAUCUGGAGUCACUGACAUCACUGUCACCACCAAAGGCAUUCCAGGGUUUCUUGUUCCUGUGCAAAGGAUGGGCCACAGUGGCGAACCCUGUCUGCCCCUUUACUGCCCCGCCCCCUGCGGGCCUGGCUGUGGUGGUGAGUGCUGCAUUCUUUGGGGUACAGCUUCAUGUGUGAUUAAACCUCACUUGCCAGUUACUCGGUUUAACAAGCGCCUGAAGGAGGCCCCGAGGAGCUGGCGCCCCCUGCGCAACUCACAAAGCAAACGUGGGCACAUGGACUGUUUUUCUACAUUACUCUGUGUGUGUUAUGGACCAAAUUCAACAAGGAACUCAAGGAAAAUGUGUACCUGCCGUAUUUAUGCUUUCUUAUUAAAGGGUUGGGGGGAGGGGCGUCUUUUUACUUUUGGUAAAGUUUUUUUUUUU